AUGGCACACCUCGAUUUCGUCACUAAGCAAAAGAUCUCCCUCGACCUCGAGACCUACUCUCCCUUGGAUCACGCUACCCAAGACGCCAUCGUCGCCGCCUACCGCCGCCUCGAUGACCGCUUGAGAGCUCAGGGCCUGUAUGACUGCAACUACAGGACGUAUGCCAUUGAAGUCUCCCGAUAUAAUAUGCUCCUCGCCGCCAUGCUGCUUUUCUUGCAUUGGGGCUGGUACGUGGCCAGCGCAGUCUGCAUGGGGGCCUUCUGGCAUCAGAUGUCAUUUGCUGCCCACGACGCUGGCCACAUAGGCAUCACGCACCGCUUUCACAUAGACAGUGUCCUUGGAAUCUUCGUCGCCGAUUUCAUGGGCGGUCUGUCCCUCGGCUGA